AUGUCUGACUACGACCCCUCAGAAAAUUCAGUUCGGCAAAAAUCUACCGACACCCUGAUGCAUAGCGUGCUUUCUUUGUUGAAAGUCUUCAUGUGUAAGUGUCCUCUGAUCAGUAUCACCAUCUUCCUUCUCGUCACUGCUCACUCUUUUUUCCAGGCCAACCUUGAAGAGGUUCGUGAAAAAAAGUUGGAUGUAGAAGUGUAUGAUGUAACAAGGAGGCAACAGGAGCAAGCGAUUCUUCAUUUGUCAGAUGAUGAGAUGAUGAAUUGCCCAGUGAUCAAUGCAUCAGAUUUAGUUAUCAAGUUACUGGAGCCAACAUUCAUUACAAGCAUCGAAUUAUAUAACUACAAUGAUGAGUCAUUAGACACUCUAAUUGAAGUGACUUUGGAAGGAACAAAAAAAAUUGAAGACCGAUUCAAUAAAAUCAUUUGUGCCAAGAGAUACGAACUGCCACACAAAACGAGGAUAUGUGGUAGAGACCCUAUGUUCGCUAAAGCAAUUCAUCUCAACGAUCUGGCCUCCAGAAACCAUCUGCAAUUAUGUGAGAUCAAAAUUUUCACCUGCUUGCCUGGCUACUUCAACAACACAUGCAACCAGACAUGUCACUGCAUGAACCAGGCGGUCUGCAGAGUUGAGAAUGGCCAGUGUCCCAACCUCAUCUGCGACUAUGGUUGGAAGGGCAUCAGUUGUCAGGAAGCCUGUAGGGAGGGAUGGUUUGGAUCGAAUUGCAGGCAUGAAUGUCAUUGUGCCGGCGCUGUGGCCUGCGACAUCACUGACGGCAGGUGUCCGAGGGAUCUCUGCGACCCUCUCUGGUUUGGAUACUCUUGUCAAACAACUCUUCCGAAGCCAACUUCAACUCCGUACACUUCCUUUGAAACGUCGGACAGCAUCAACAUUCUCUGGAACUGCCACAACGAAGAGAACGUGGUCGACGGCUUGAGCAUGAUGUUUGCUGUGCUGUACAAAAGGGUGGGCAGGUUUGAGGAGUUUGAUGGUAGCGAAGUUGAUGACGACUUGACUGGAUCUCAGGGAGAUGGUGAUGUGAGGCAGAGGGAGAAAAUGAACACCGAGGAUGUUUUGAAAGUUGUCAUCGGUGACAAUGUCUUGCAGGCAUAUGAGAACUCUUCAACGAACUACUUGACGAUCGUCAAUCGCUUACUGGAGGGCUGGGCGGUUGCUGACCUCAAAGUGCCAUAUUUGCAAGGCAAAUACACGUACGAAACGAAUAUCCCGAAUUUAAAGUUCAACACAAAUUAUACUUUUUGUGUUUUUGGUUAUUUGUUGUUGCCUAACAAUCGAGUCGUCUGGGGCGAGUUGAGUCUCUCCAGUAACAACCUAAAGACCAGCUGCAAAGCUCCGAGGAGUGUCCUCAUCCAGAAUGUAACUUCAUUCACGGAGGAACUCAGCGGCCCAAUCAUCUACGUCCUCUGGAAGAAACUCCUGCCAAGCGAGACCAAUUGUGACAAAGUUCUCUACUAUGAGAUCUUCUACCAGGAGCAGCAAGCAUCCUUCUCGUCAUCGUCCCCAUGGAUGAAAGAAACAGUACCACCUGACAGACAUGAUUGUUACCUAACUAGGGAUGUGCUGUCCGGCAGGAAUUAUCAAGUGAAGUUGGUUGCGGUGAACAACGGCCGGCUUGAAAGUUCCAGUGAUUUGUACUUGGUUAGCACUCCAUAUGAUGAAAAUAAUGGCAGCUACCCUGGCCUGUCGGAUGCCCACGUUGAUGGGAUGUCGACAGCGAAAGUUGGAGCGCUUGGCGUAACUUCGACCGUCAUCUUCCUGGCUGCUGCGUGCUCCGCCGUGGCUUUCCUGCUCUGGAGAAAGAAGAAAGCGAAAAAAUUGAAAAAUUACGAUAAGCUCUGCCACCAGCCGCCAACAACGAGCCACGUCUGUAUGGCCAAUGACGUCCUAUCAAACUCGAGCAACGAGGUGCAGGCGAAGAUAGUUAUCCGCCCGUCAUCUCGCGUUUUGACUGCCGAUCAGGUGACUGACCUCGGAGGCAGGGUUCGCAGCUACAGAGGCAGCAGUGCCGCCAACAACACCAGCAACCACAGAGUUUACGAAGAUUUCAUUCUACCAAAGUCCGUGCACGUUCGAAGUAUGUCAGACAUCGAGAAACUUGGUCAUCCAAUCAAACUGCAGGAUUUGGAAGAAUUUUUGCAGUCGGAAAUGAAUGACGGAUAUGAAACUCUGCGGCAGGAAUUUGAUGAAAUCCCAGCGGAAAGCCCAGAAGCGACGAAAAUAGCUGGGACGAACUCGUUUAACAUUACUAAAAAUAGAUUCAAGGAUGUCAUUGCCUGCGACCAAACUCGAGUCGUGCUGAAACGUGCUAACAGCAGCAACAACAACUUUAAUGAACCAUUGACGGAUUACAUCAAUGCCAAUUACAUUGACGUUGUUCAUUUUCUGAUCGGGCACAAGAAGGAGCGCUUCUACAUUGCCACACAAGGUCUUUACUGCUUUUUAAUGUUCAAUUUAUUUGCAAUCGGAUCAUCAUCAUUUACUUCGUCAUCAUCAUCAUUGCACCAUCUCGGCAUCAUCGUCUUCAUCAUCACCAUCAUCAUCUUGCUGACGGCGCCAGGCUGCAAGAAGAACACGAUUGUUGAUUUCUGGGGCAUGAUAUGGCAGGAGCAGUGCAGACGUGUUGUCAUGGUUACCAAUCUCGUUGAAAGGAGCACUAUCAAAUGCCAUCAAUAUUGGCCCGACAAACUCAACUCGACACGCGUCUACGGCGACAUCGCAGUCCGUCUCACGGACGUCAUCAAGUUGACCUACUUCACUGUGCGCUCAUUGGACGUGAGGCGAGGCUCCGAAACUAGGUCAGUGAAGCAAUUUCAUUUUACUGCCUGGCCGGAUCAAAAAGUUCCAGAAAAAUUAGCCCAAGUCGUGACCUUUAGGAACAAAAUAAGGUCACAUGACGUCACACACGGUGGGGUCAUCGUGGUGCAUUGCAGUGCGGGGAUUGGAAGGUCGGGCGCGUUCAUCGCUAUGGAUCGAUUGCUGGAUGAGAUGGAGGAUGGGGAAGAGGUCGUUGGUGUGGGCGAGAGGAUGGUCGAUGUGAUGAAGACGACGACGAUGUUGAGGAUGCAGCGAUGCAACAUGGAGCAGUAUAUCUUCCUGUACCAAGCAGUUCUCGAGGCCUACAAGUUCGGCAACACCAUCAUUCAAGGCUCCAAAAUUAGGCAGACUGUCGACGCCAUCUUGAAACAAAAUGGCGUCAAUGGGAGGAGCUGCUUGUUGGAGGAGCAAUAUGAGUUGUUGCAAAAAGUGGCCAUGGAGAGCACAGCGACCAUCACGUCAUCUUCCUUUGAAGUGACUCUCUGUGCCUUGGAGCCUGACAAUGUUGAUAAGAAUCGUUACUCAACCGUUCUGCCAGAUGACAAGUCCCGCCCAUUCCUGACCAGCGUCGUUGAAGGAACGAAUGAUUACAUCAACGCCACCUACCUUAAUGGCUACAAGUACCGCAACGCUUACAUAACGACUCAGAUGCCUCUGCCUCAGACUGUGGUGGAUUUCUGGAGGCUGGUCUUUGAACAUGAUUGUCGCGUUGUGGUCAUGCUCAACUUCUUCCAACCAGACAGUCAGCAGUCCCAUGGGCAGUACUGGCCGGAAGAUGGUGAAGAAAGUGAGUGUGGACCGUUCCUCCUGAGGUGUCUGUCGUUCAAGAGGUAUGGGGGUGUUUCGGCGAGGGUCGUUCUACUCAGUUACUUGUCUGAGUUCAAAAGUGAUGAAAAGUUUGAGAUGGUGUGUAGGGAUGUCAGUCGGUUGAUGGGUUUGAUGGAUGCCGAGUCCUGCAACGUUGAUGUCGACCUACCUGUCAUCGUGCACUGCGAUGACGGCCAGACAAUAAGCGGCAUGUUCGUAGCACUGUGUCAGAUUCGUGAGCAGUUGCAAGAGGAGCAUGAGGUGGACGUCUUUCAAAUCGUCCGCUCCAUCGUCUGCACUCGACCAGGCACCUUCCCCCACCUCGGCCAACUCCACUUCAGCUACCUGAUGGCCGUGUACUUUGCGGAACAACAACAACAACACCAGUAA